AUGGAAAGGGCUAAGUUAACCAAUCGAAUGUUUAACAGUCGUCUAGCAAUCGAUUGCAUCCCGGUUGAUCAACAGUCACCGUGUCUUUGUGACUUGCAGGGAAUUCUGUUACCAAUAGACAGGGUACUUGGUGUGCAGUGGGAAUCGGAGAAAGAUGAGUUUUUGUUCCAACUCCAGCUACCCGAAAGGACGGCGACUCCCAGAGAGACUCUGUCUUCGUUAGCCAGCCUUUACGAUCCAAUGGGGUUCACCGCACCGUGGUUACUGCCGGGCAAGAUUCUACUGAAGGACCUGUGUAGAAAGAAGGUAACUUGGGAUGAGACCCUAUACGGAACGGACCACAAGACCUGGCAAGGCUGGUGGAUGAACCUGUCCAAUCUGGGCGAUAUACGGCUUCCUCGUCCCAUACCAGAAAUGCGUCGAGGGGAGGCAAGUGAGUUACAUGCUUUUGUGGAUUCGUCGGAGGUUGGAUAUGGGGUAGUGGCCUACAGUUUCUCGUCUUGGCCUGGCAAAAGGAGACAUAACGCAUGCCAUUCGCGAAGGUCAGGAUCGCUCUCUAAAGGCAGUCUUGUAGCGAUUCUUCAACCGACAGUUUUCCCACGGCAGUUUUCUCUUCUUUCCUGUUGUUUUUCUCUACGUUUCCUGGUAGAUCCAUUGAAGCUUGACGUGAUCAUCAAAUCCCGAAACAGAAGCACCUCCAUCCCACGCUGGUGA